AUGGAGGGAUCAGAUGAAACCUAUCUAGCCGCUGGUACCUUGGCUGGGAUAGUUGUAGUGACAUUCACUUCAGAGGCAUAUCAUGGAGUAGAGACUUCUAGUCAAGCUGUGGUACACGAGCGGAUGCUUGAAACAACUGCAGACGGGACACAGAUUGAUGAGCGAAGACACUGGGAGCCAGCAAGUGCAAUUACUACGGUAUUGGAUGCUGAGACAAAGACUAAUAUCCUCCAUUUUGGCACGGUUGGUGGAUAUACAUUGGCUAUGGUCCCCACGCUCCUCCACAAUGAGGAUUCAUUCUUCCAGCCACCGUGGAAGCAUUCAUUCGACGACAUCCGCGAGCGCUUUGAUAUUGACCGUGAUCUUGGGGGGUUAGCGGUUGGGAGACUCUGGGGUUUAGCCUCAUAUGGCGAAUUCGUUGUCGCUGCAGUUACGAUACAACCUGGAGACAUGAUUGAAUAUCGCACUGCAACUGAGGAGCGCACAACUCUGAUAUUUUCUCGAGCACGGUCCCAGAUCACGGAACUUGAUGAUACGGCCAUGCAUCCGACAAUCCCUGAUCGCUCCGCAGAUUAUCUUGGUGCAAAACGUGAGACAGUCUUGGGUUACAUCCUGUUUUUCAAAGAUGGCAAAUUUGAUAAGCAACCAUGGUCUCACAAAAUACUAUAUGCAACUGCUUGUUGCGCCAUCGUUGAAUCCCACGACACGGAUUUACUAUCUCAGGCCCGGAAAGCGCUAAAGUGGCUGGCUAAUAAAAUACCUGCUAAUCUGACUGAGGAGAUAAACAAAUGCUCAACGCCUGGGUCCACAAUAGGUGCGAAGUCUGCAAAAGAGUUAAGCGGUCCAGGCCAGCUGGUAUUUGAGAAGUGCGAGAUCUGUGAUACUGGUAUAGCAUGGUACUCGGGCCGGGAAGCACAAUGUGUUGAAGGCCACGUCUUCGUUCGAUGUGGCUUGACGUCCCUAUCUAUCCAAGAUCCUGGGAUAUCAAAAUUCUGCUCUGUCUGUGCGACGGAGUACCUCAACGAAGAUCUUGUUGAGGCUUCCUAUGGUACUGAUAUUCCUGAAGCUACUCGGAUUCUCUUUGAUGCGUUUGAUACCUGUAUCUAUUGCAAUGGCAAGUUUUGUGCUUAA